UUGUGUGUGAUGUAUUUGUGUAUCCUCAGUGUUUUUCUGUCUUGAGUGUAAACAGAGUCUUGUCUCUGUGUAUUUUAGUGUUGAUGAUGGAUGUGAUGUGCUGUAAAUCAGUAGGAACUGAUCUGUCCAUGCUGGAUAUUGAUGAUUUCAUCACAGAAAUCUCUCAGCUGAAGAAAGAGGUGGCGUUACUGGAGACAAAGCUGAGAUUAAGAGGAGAUGAAGGACUGAAGAGAGAGGACUCCGAGCUCAGUCUGACUUUACUCUGUUAUACUGAGUCAAAGCACACAGACGCUCAGGACACUACAGUGUGUGACAGUAAUCAGGAUUUACAGGAUGAUGAAUCUACUGAUCAAACCUCCACAGAGUCUCUGGAUUCUGUCUGUAACGCUGGAGAACAGCAGCAGAUCCUGCAGAACAAACUCAACAUGUGUUCAGUCAAACUCAUUGACAAUGGAAACCAAAUGCAGAUGAGAACAGAAGCCACAGAAGAUGAAUAUGAAGACAAACAUAAUGAUGGUCAUGAUUUUAUUCUGUCAGAUGUGAGGAGUGAAUUAUGUUUGGAUGGAGAAAUAACGUCCUCAACAUCAGAAGAGCAGAAUCUCUUCACCUGCACGAGAUCUGAGAUCAACUUUACUACCUUACAAGUGAAGGAACUUCAUUCAGAAGAGCACAGAGAGAAAAAGCCGUUUCACUGUGAGCCACGUGGGAAGGAUCUUUCUCCAGUAACGUCUCAUAUUAAUGCUCACAUAAGGACACACAGUGAAGAAAAGUCUUACUAUUGCACUGAAUGUGGCUAUUACUUCAGCAGCAAACAAAGUCUUGAUGCUCACAAGAGAAUUCACACAGGAGAAAAACCAUACGAGUGUCCUUACUGUGAGAAGAGAUUCAGACACAGAUCUUGUAUAAAGAGACACGCGCUUAUACACACCAAUGAGAGACCGUAUCAGUGCAGUGAAUGUGACAAAACCUUUAGGGAUUCAAGUAAAUUAAAAUCACACCAAAAUAUUCACUUUGAAGAGAAACGCUAUCAAUGUUCACACUGUGAUAAACGUUACUGUCAGAAAUCUCAUCUGAAACGACAUCAGAGAGUUCAUACUGGAGAGAAACCUUACAUCUGUAGUGUUUGUGUCAAGCGUUUUAUUAAACAUGACAGUUUAGUGUCACAUCAGAGAACUCAUACAGGUGAGAAACCUUACAAAUGCUCUCUGUGUGAGAAGACGUUUGCUCAGUCAGGUUCCUUAAAAGCUCAUCAGAGAAUUCACACAGGAGAAAAACCUUACGAUUGUCCUCACUGUGAGAUGAGAUUCAGACAAAAAUCUUGUAUGAAGAGACAUGUUCUUAUACACACCAACGAGAGACCGUAUCAGUGCAGUGAAUGUGACAAAACCUUCAGGAAUUCAAGUAAAUUAAAAUCACACCUGAAUAUUCACUCUGGAGAGAAACUCUUUCAAUGUUCACACUGUGAUAAAAGUUACUGUUUUAAAUAUCAGCUGAUACACCAUCAGAGAGUUCACACUGGAGAGAAACCUCAUCAUUGUAAUGUUUGUGAGAAAAGUUUCAGUCGACGUGAAAAUUUAGUGAAUCACCAAAAAACUCAUACAGGUUAAAAACCUUACAAAUGCUCUCAGUGUGAGAAGACAUUUGCCAAGUCAAGUCACUUAAAAUCCCAUCAGAGAGUUCAUACUGGAGAGAAACCUUACAGUCUUAUAAUAUCUUAUAAUAUGACCCCUUUUGCGUCAUAUAUACAACCAGCACUGGGGAUUUUGCUGUACUCGGCAUGCCGUGGAUUAUCCCUUGCUUAACUUGUUAAACUUUUACAUUUGUGGCCCAUUAAUGCAUUCAGUGAUAUUUGGAAAUAUUUUAAUUUAAACAAAAGUGUGAAAAUUUCUAGAUAAUGUGGCAGGUUCCUGGACAGGGAUUAGACCUACACUAAAAUAAAUGUAAGAGCUUUCCAAGCUGAAAAAAACUUUGCCUCAAAAUGCACACAAGUAAUUUCAUUUCAUUAAUUUCAUUUAAUUUUUUUUUUAUUUGCGCAUCUAAUUACAUAAAAAUCAACAUAAUAAUACAUUUCAUUACAAUACAAGUAAGGGAAAAAAGGAAGAAAAGGGAGAAAAAAAUAGAAAUGAUGCUCAAAAAGGGGUAGGCAGAAGCUUAAGCUUAUUAACACCUACCCCCUUUUAUACCAUUGAGCGCAAUUACAUUUAUUAAACCAAUAAGACAGUCGUCACAUGUUUAUGCUAUCCUGUUCCAGUGACUGUACAAUCAACAAUAUUUACUCACAACCCUUCUAUUAAGACACGAAAGAAAAGAAAACCAAAAACUCUUCAAUAAGUACAAGAAAGAGAAGAAAAAAAACAUUGCUGUAAUAAAUAGUCACCAAUCUUUUAAUUUGAUCUUUUGUUACUUAUUGUUAAAGAUUCAAUGUCUUUUUUAACUACAAAUAUUCUGAACUAUAAUAUAUAAAUUAUAUUAUCUUUAUUAACUUACAUUCUCUUUUUCUCAAAAAUACAACAUAAAUAAAUAGCUCUAUAACGUAUUCCACUUCCACCCUAAGGCCAUUCUUCCAUCCUAUACUUAGACAGUAUUAUUUGUUUAUACUUUGCUUUGAAUUGAUGAAUGGAUGAGCACUGCUUAAGUUGGGCACUCAGGGUAUUCCAGAGUCUGGCACCACACACAGACACACACAUACUUUUCCUUGUCGUUCUAAAAGCAGGUACUUUAAAAUUGGCAUAACCUCUCAGAUUGUAACAGCUAUCCCUUUCUAUGAAUACUUUUUAAAUAUUCGAUGGUAAAGUAAUGUUUUUAGUAAGGCACAUUUGUUAAAAUUAGUUAUAUUUCCUAAUUAAACUAAGGCCUAGUCCUGAUUUAAGAUAAUCCUUGUCCGGGAAACCACCCCAUAAACAGAAAAAAACCCAUACAAAUUGUAUUACGGUGCAGGUUUAAAUCUAUUAUUUAUUUAAGUUAGGCAAGGAUAGUUGAGCCUGCCUAUUUUUGUCUGUAAUAAGUACAACUAGAUGGGUACAUUUUCUGAAGAAAAUGUGAAGUGGUAAAUUUCGGGGGACAGUAUCAUGCAAGAAUGAAUGUACUCCAAAUCCAAUUAAAAUAAUCCAACCCCCGUGUCUCUACAAUGUUCUGAUGCGGAGAUAUAAGACUUUGUUUACUCGGUUGCUAGGGUACUUUAUUUGGUUGCUGGGGAAAAAUCCACUAGUGAUUACACUCCGAGUCACCUUGCUGUAGUAGUGAUGUGAUUACAGGAAGCGAGCGGAGUGGCGUAGUCUCAGAAUGUUCUCCCAUGACGCGAAUUUCCCAAUUGGAAUCGUUUUAUUCUCUUAUAUGGGUGUGUUCCCUGCCCCAUUAUAAGCCAAUGGGAAAUUUUGGGCCCCUCUUAUACCCCAGGGGUACAACUUGCACCCCAAUGUGAUGUAUGUUCUUACAGAGCCUAUCACCCUCUUCAAAUGUUGAAACCCACACAUUACUACAAAAUCCUCGGGUGGAGCUAUGACUCGUCAAAGUUCGGCGCAAUUUUAAGUCAAAGGAAUUUUUUGGGUGAUUUUUCGCUCUCCCCUUACGAAAAUCCUGCACGAGAUUGAUUAUAAAAGUCAUAGCAUAAAUGCAAGCAACACUAAUAAUCACUCCCGCAUCUAUCUGGCAAUCUGAUAAAUGAUAUUCAAACAUUUUUUUUAUUUAACACACAGUGUUAUAGCAGUAAAAAACAAGCUAAGAGUCAAGAUUGAACUCCAACUUAAACAAACACGGAUCGCCAUAAUAGUGAUUUACAAUUUUCAAGAGAUGGUGAUAAAGAGGAUAAGGUUAAAGGUAGGGUAACACAUUUUGAAAAAUGCUAAGGGUAGCCGCCUAGCAAUGAAAUCCCGAUCCCACCCUCAAGUCAAAUCGCCAUCCAAAGUCACGCCUCUUUCAAAACGCAUGAACACGCACAGAUCAGACGGUCACAUCUCAUUUCUCAUUCAGCAGUGAGAAAACUUUGCAGUACAAAGUCGAAUAACACUUCCAAAAUAACCAAACAACUGGUUUACAUCAGAAUUAGUUUAACACACGUUCGGUUGUGUAGACGUAGUAACUAUAUCGUUACGCUAAUCCGUAAACGAACACAAAUUUCAUAAGCAACACAAUGUUUCAUCAAAGUAGAAUAUCUGAAUCCAUCUCAAUACAAACAUAUCGCGUACCUACCUUACCAAAAUAAACAGUGCAACGACCCUUUCAGACCCUUUGCCUCCUGCAGCUGUUUGCAUCUCGUGGUAAAGCAGUAAAGUUACCGAUGUUAAUUUCGGUUUUUGCUCUUGCUGAUCCAGGCAGUUUUUGCUGUUGUUGUUAUAAAAGAUGCCUUUAGUUUUGUGCCUCCUGUGUAGGUUGUCAAUUUAGCAGAAAAGUUUGCUGUUCUCACUGUUUACAGGCAGGAGGUGAGCGCACGUGAACGCGCCGAUGACGUAUGGUUGGCAUUCAAAUUACGCUUACGUAUGAGGGACAAAAAUGGAAACGUCCGUUCGGACCGAAAUCUAUGAUUUGUCGAACAUUUUUUGGUCCUACGCCUUUCACAGAUAACAUACAUUUCUACAAAUACAGUUAAACAACUUAACACAGUGAUUGCUAUCAGGAUGUAAGGAGACUUUUAACCAGCAUAACAAAAAAUGUUUCAGGAUCAAAUCUGUUACCCUACCUUUAAAGAGUGCAGCUUUUAAUUCUGCUUCAGUGUUACAUUUUAAAGAUUUAGAUAAUAUACACCCAGUAAUGUUCAUUUAACACUUGGGAUUUAGCUGUGUAGCUCUGUGGAGGGAUUUCAUAGACAAAUGUGGGUUACUACAUUUGAAGAGGUUUGUAGGCUCUGUAGGAACUGCCUGUCCCUUGGAUUAUUCUGUACCUGUUUUUGCCUUUGUCUGCCUGGUUUGCCUAUGUUUGCCUAUUGCUCUCCUGUGUAUGACCUUUCGCCUGUUUUAUUGGAUUUAUGUUUGUGGAUUACCCUUUUAAUAAAAUCUGCAUUUGGAUUCUCGA